AUGAAGCUGUUUCGUUCUCGAACGAGCGAUACCCGCAAAAAUGGCGGCGUCUUGAGCAGACUGCACAAGAAGCGAUCCAGAGGAAUAAAGAAGGACGAAAGCAUGAGGUCUCUCAUGACUGACAUUUCGUCGGAUGUUUCGACUGGUUUUCCGGAUCCUGUCGAUAUUGGCAGCCUCUCUUGUCCGAAGCACCAUCAUGAUCCAGAAAUGGAGGACGAGCGUCAAGAUGCUACGCUGGUACAAGAUGUCUCGGAAGUUAGAAUGGAGCCGUCUUCGUCUGGAAGGGUUCCAAGCGACGAGAACAACGAGCAUCAGAAUACACAAGCCGAACCAAACAGUGUUGUCAAUUCUCUCAACUCCUUGUUCUGUUUUGGUAACACUCCACUACCGCAAAUCACCGAAGAUGCAACCAUUACUAACAACCUUGAUGCCGCAUGCAGGAACGAACAACCAAUCAAAGAAUCUAUCGAAUGCAUUUAUAAUGAGUCUUCCAGAAUGGCAAUGAUACACCCCGUCUCGGAGCUAUGCUCAGAAACUAUGCAACCAACAAACAUUGACCAGCAGAGUAGUCGUGAUGAUAAUAACAAUCGUCGUGUCGCCCGAGAUGUACCGGUCUAUCCAUUGCCACCAAACGACUCCCAAUUGUGGCCCCAAGCCCCCCUCUUGUUUCGCGUUGCACCCAAUAGUGGAACGGAAAUUCUGGGGAUUCGAUUGGACAAUGACAAGUCGUAUCUGUGGACGCCCCAAUCGAGUCAACCGUGGUGGAAAUUGGUAUCAGGAAGUGGGACGAUACAAGACAACCAGGAGGAUCGAACGAAAGCGAUGAUGGAUCAAGGCUGUUGGAUUCUUCCCAUUAAUGAUGGUACAGAAGCUAUUGGAGAAUCAUUGGUAAUUGACUUUCAAUCCAGGCUCUUUCGAGGAUCCCUAUUGAUUCGCCUCCGAGAUGCUCCUCAAAUGAUGCCAUCGGCCAACUCCUCGAAAGGUUACUUUGACGCGAAUCCCAUUCUUCGAUUCCAAGUGACGGUGCGAGGAAAAUUUCGCCAGAGUGUCCAAUGGUCCAAUCUGGUCACGGGCUUGAGAAUGCAACGAAAACUAGGAAAAGUUCCUUCCAAGUGGAUGCUUUGGACCAUUCUCAAAGUUGUUCACUUUUUUGCACCCCAGCUCCAGACGAAAUUGGAUGGCGACCAACCGUAUGCCCUGUCCCCUCUCGGCAGUGCCCCCCGAACAGUGACGGUAAGCGCGCAAGAGCCGACGGAUCUUUUGGGAGUGUUCGACCGAGAGGAACCAACUGUCCCGCAGGAAUCCUUGACUGGCAAGGCAUACCCAAUCAAAGAUCCUCUGGAACGUGCCAGAGCUCGGAAAAAAGACUUUGAUCUAAAGUUCCAAGCAAAGGAUGAGAACUUUUGCACUGGAGUUGGUAAUACGUAUACCUUUCAGUUCUUGCAACAUCUUUUGGAUUACCACACCUCGUCGAUUGAUUUGGGGAGCUUUCAUCAUGGCAUGAAUGGUAUAUUGGGUGGUCAACCGUUCCAAGUCAUGGCGGAGCACAACGGAGAACCUCUAUGGAUGUUUGAAAUAUGGAAUGAGAGCAUGCUCAGUCAUUAA